AUGUCCAUAAUAGAAUCCAAGUUUGCCAGUUUUUUUAAAAGACCUGGUCGUGGUCAGGGAUCAGUUUCAGCUCCGGCUGCAAAACGAUCAAAAAGUGGGCACAAGAAAACGACAAUGGGUAUUUGCUUGCGGUGUUUCAACAGUGGAAAGGAAAAGUUUUGGCUUACUAGGGGGAAUCCGUCUUCUCUUAAAAAGCACCUUGAGACAACCCAUAAAGGUGAACGUACUUCUCUCGGUGAUGCUGUUUCGGAGGAUUCGCCUGCUGCUGUUGAGGCAAUGAAAGCGUACAGAAAACUGACAUCAGUGUAAGUCACAAAUAAUUGAGUAUGAGUUAUUUUUUAGAUAUAUAUUAAGGUUCUGAUAAAUGCCCUUCGAUAUUGAAAAAUGAAAAUAGGUGUAGUAGGUACUGAAACAGCAGUGUUAUGUGUGAUUAUUUGAUUUUAAAUCUUCUGUUUUGACUAAUUAUUUUUGUGAAUACACCAUUAUAGACGUACAGAUGAAGGGAACAAAAGUGGUGGGUCAGAGUCCCAUGUGUCAAAGUCCCAGGUGAUGGAUAAAUUGGAUGAGGAUUUAGAUACUGGGUAUGUCACGUAUGUGUGA